AUGAUUCUCAGUAGCCUUUACAUUUUGCUUUUGGGCUUUACUAAUUGUUUCUUUUUCAAAAUUUCUUGGUCAGCAUCCGACUUCAGCUUGGAGGGAGAUUACUUAUUGGGUGGCCUUUUCCCUUUACAUGAAAUUGAAAAGGAAACAACCCUGUUUUCCGCAGAGACUACCGAAUGUUUCAGGUACAUUUCCUCAAAAUCUGGCUAUCGCAUGUUGCAAGUAAUGAGGUUUGCUGUUGAGGAGAUUAAUAACUCCACCACUCUUCUGCCCAAUGUUUCUCUGGGCUAUGAAAUUUUUGACUAUUGUUCCAAUACAAAGAAUUUCAAUUCAGCCUUACGUUUCAUCUCAAAGAAUGGCUCAGUAAAACCUAAAGAAAAGCUCAACAACUAUCAACCUAAAGUGAUUGCUUUAACAGGACCAUAUGGAAGCACAAGAACUAUGACUAUUGCACCACUGUUCACAACGGAUCUUAUACCAUUGGUGAAUUAUGGAGCUACUAGCUAUGCGUUAAGCAGUAAACUUAAUUAUCCUUCUUUUGUAAGAACAGUUCCUAGCAACAAAGACAUGAUAGAGAUGAUUAUUCACAUCAUACGGUGGUUUGGAUGGAACUGGGUUGCCUUUAUUGGUAGCCAAGAUGAUUACAGUUCAGAUGGACUAAAGCUGUUUAAUGAGUAUAUAAACAAUACUGGUAUUUGUUUGGCCUAUCAAGAGGGUCUAAGUCUAAAUGCAAACUACAGUCUAAUGCUUAAAAAGAUUGAUAGGCUCAACAUCAAUGUCAUUGUGGUUUUCGCUGUGCCACAAUAUGCAAGCAAAAUUAUCAAAGCAGCCAUAGCAAACAACAUCGAAGACAAAGUAUGGAUUGCAAGUCAUGCAUGGGCUCUGAAUCAACAGCUUCCAAGAGAGCCAGGAAUUGAGAAAAUUGGCACAGUCAUUGGCAUUACAGACAGACUGUUGUCAUUGCCUGGAUUUAAUGAAUUUGUCUAUAAAGCCAGAGCAACAACUGAUGUUGGCCAUGAUGUUGCUGAGGGUGAAGUCAAAAGUAAGACAUGUAAUCAAGUUUGUCAUUACUGCUCAUUGCUGACUGCAGAGGAGAUUAUAAACGAAAAUCCCUCACUAUCCUUUGGCAUCUAUGCUGCCAUAUAUACGAUAGCUCAUGCAUUACAUAAAGUUCUGCAGUGUGACAUAAUUGAAUGCCAGAAAAAUACAAUGGCCAAGCCAUAUAUGCUUCUGGGAGAAAUAAAGAAAUUGGAUUUUAUACUCAAUGGCCGUCAGGUGAAAUAUGAUGACAAUUAUGAUCCAUCCAUCAGUUAUAAAGUUGUGCUCUGGCACACUGAUGUGAAUCCUCCACAGUUUGAGAUGGUGGGCACAUACGAUAAACAUCCAGAAAUUACUUUUACCAUGGACAACUCUCUCCUGCCCUGGCAUAACAAUGGUUCUGUGCCUUUCUCAAACUGCUCUGUUGAGUGUAAGGUGGGAGAUUCAAGACAAACUGAAGGUUUUCAUAAUUGCUGUUUUACGUGUAAAAAAUGCCCAACUAACAGCUAUGUGGAUUUUUCUCGAGACCCUUAUACCUGUUUUCCUUGUGCAGAGGGUGAAUGGUCUGAUGAGGGCAGCACAGCAUGUAAGACACGUUCUGUUGUCUAUCCUCAGUUCACAGAAAUCCUCUCCAUCAUUGUCAUGGUUUCUGCUGCAUGCCUAAUUAUUCUCCUUAUUGCCAUAUUUUGCCUUUUUGCCUACAAUUAUGACACACCAGUGGUGAAGUCUGCUGGUGGCAGCAUGUGUUUCCUCAUGCUGACCAGUUUGAUUUUGUCUAGCAUAAGUGUGUUCUUUUUCUUUGGAAAACCCACAUUUGUAUUUUGCCUCCUGAGAAAUGCCAUAUUUGAAUAUUUCUUCACUGUCUGUAUUUCCUGUUUGACUGUCCGUUCCUUUCAAAUUAUUUCUGUUUUUAAAAUGGCUACUCAGUUUCCUAAGGUGUACAGCCUUUGGGUAAAACACAAUGGCCAGUGGCUCUUCAUUGCAUUUGUUUCUUUCAUUCAUUUAAUUUCUUGUGUGAUAUGGAUGACUGUCAAUCCUGUCAAAGCCAUUGCUGACUCAUGGACUUUUAAAGACCAGAUUAUUCUCAUCUGUGAAAUGGAGAACACUAUAACCUUGACCAUAGUCAUGUUUAUAAGUUGGUUCAUGGGUUUCCUGUGUCUCCUGUUUUCUUAUAUGGGAAGAGAUCUGCCGAAAAAUUACAACGAGGCCAAAUCGAUAACCUUCAGUCUCAUUUUGUACUAUCUGACCUGGAUUGCAUAUUUCACAGCAUACCUCUCUGUCAAAAGCAAAUACAUUGUCAUUUUGAAUGCAGUGGCCCAGGUAUCCAGUAUAAAUGGAAUUCUCUUCAGUUAUUUCAUACCAAAAUCUUACAUCAUAAUAUUCCAACCACAAAAGAACACUCCUGCAUACUUUCAAACAUCUAUUCAGAAUUACACCCAAACCAUUAGUAGGACUUAGACUUAGACAUUAGUAUUUGUAUAGAAAGUUUACUCUAUAGGAUUAGUUCACUUCCAGAAUAAAAAAUUCCUGAUAAUUUACU